AAAAAACAAUAGUUGGCAAAGCGAAUGAUUAACAAAAAUUUCCCUUAGGCGAAAAACGUCAAUAAUUUCCCGCCAUCUUGGAAAUUUCCUUUUUGAUUUUUGAUUAGCAUUUGACUGCACGUUUCUUAAGAUGCAGAUCUUCGUCAAAACUUUAACUGGUAAAACCAUUACCUUGGAAGUCGAGCCUUCCGACACCAUUGAAAAUGUCAAGGCCAAAAUCCAAGACAAAGAAGGUAUCCCCCCAGAUCAACAACGUUUGAUCUUCGCUGGUAAACAAUUGGAAGAUGGUCGCACCUUGUCCGACUACAACAUCCAAAAGGAAUCCACUUUACAUUUGGUACUCCGUCUUCGUGGUGGUAUCAUUGAACCCUCUUUGCGUAUCUUGGCUCAAAAAUACAACUGCGACAAAAUGAUCUGCCGUAAGUGCUAUGCUCGUCUCCAUCCUCGUGCUACCAACUGUCGCAAGAAGAAGUGCGGUCACACCAACAACUUGCGUCCCAAGAAGAAGUUGAAGUAGACUACUGGAAUGUGGAUGGAUAUCACAAUCAAUAUGCUCUGGGAGAAGCACACUAUCAUCAUACUCCCUUUUUUCUAUGUAUACAUUUAAAAUUAAAUGUUAAGUUUUUUUAAUUUUCUAUAUAUUUAUUUUAAAUUAAAAUUGCUAUAACAUCAAAUUACUACCUAAUUUUUUGGUGAAUAUACGGAAAACAUUUUUUAUAAAAGUGAGAUACAUAGAAAA